GUGUGACUUUGUCGUCCAAUUAACUUUUAACUCCAUCUACCUCAAGCAGCCCGUUGUGCGUCGGGGAGCCUCGGGGGAGAGGCAGCUGGAGGCACAGUGGGCAGAGGGGGACAGAGGAGGCAGCCUGCAGGAGAAAGAAGAGGAAGAAGAGAAAAAAAAGGGAAGCACGACUCGCUCAUCGCGUCAUUCUGGGCUCAGGCGUUGAGCAGGAAACAGCCUUUCCUCUCGGAUUGUCGCAGUGGGAACAAACGCACAUUUUUGUCUUUGCUCAAUGCACCCCACGGCACAGAACACGCGGAAGCCGGUCAGAAGGAGAAAUGCCUCCUCCGAUAGAGAUAGCUGUCCUGCUCCUCGGCGUCCUGGCGCUGGAGACGCGCCGGAGCGCCAGCGCGCUGCGCGUCCAGCGGGCGUUCGCGUCUCCGAAUCGGACUAACAACUUCGCGGUGGACCCGGUGUCCCGGCGGGUCUACCUGGCCACCGUCAACACGCUGUACCAGCUGGACGGCAGCCUGGCCGUCGAGGCGGAGAAGAGGACCGGCCCGGUGCAGGACAACCUGUUGUGCCAUGCGCCGCAGCUGCCCCAGGCGCCGUGCGAGCAUCCCAAAUCCCUCACCGACAACCACAACAAGCUGCUGAUGCUGGACCGAGAGCAAGGCGUGGUGGUGGUGUGCGGCUCGGUCUACCAGGGCUUCUGCGAGCUCCGGAAGAUGGAGAAUAUUUCGGAGAUAGCCGUGGAGUUCCCGCCGCGGGGCGAGAAGACCGUCUUCCCCAGCAUGCUCAACGUCGCCGCCAAUCACCCGAACGCGUCCACGGUGGGGCUCGUCUUCAGGGGCCACGGGGGAAACACGCGGCUGCUCGUCGGGGCCACGUACACGGGCGCCGGCACCCAGUUUUUCCCGAGGAAUCACAGCAAGGAGGACCUGCGCUUCGAGAACACCCCGGAGAUCGCCAUCCGCUCCCUGAACACCAAGGACCUGUCGCGGCUCUUCACCUAUGACAUCAACCCCUCGGAGGACAACGUCUUCAAGAUCAAGCAGGAGGUCAAGACCAAGAACAAGCUGAACUUCGUGCACGCGUUCAUCCAGAAGUCCUACUCCUACAUCGCCUUCAACAACGACGCGAAGCUGGGCCACAAGGAGAGCCAGCCCAACAGCAUCCUCGCCAGGAUCUGCCUGGACACGGAGCAGCCCCGAAAGCCGUCGGGGCCGGAGAGCAGGAAGCUGACCGAGUCCUACAUCCAGAUGCCCCUGCAGUGUGGACUCCACGGGAACAUCUACAACCGCCUGCUGUCCGUGUACCCCGCGGAGAUCCCGGCCGAGGACGGGCGGGGCUCGGAGUCGUACCUGUUCGGGGUGUUCCAGGACCGACAGACGGACAGGAGGUCUGCGCUGUGCGCCUUCAAGUUCGGAGACAUCGAGGAGGAGAUCCGCCAGGGCCGGAGGAACUGCUCCAACUCCCCCAGCAGCGACGUGCAGGUGCUGGACAGCGUCAUCCAGGGCUCCGGGGCCGCCUGCAUUCAGAAGGGGAACCUGGUGCUGCAGCCCGAGCAGCUGGACUGCGGCGCGGCCCACCUGCAGCACCCGCUGGCCCUACGGAGGCCCCUGAGGUCCAUUCCGCUGUUUGAAUACUCAGGCCUCAGUUCAGUCUCCGUGGACAAUGUUCACAACCACACUGUGGUUUUCCUUGGAACCAGUAAUGGACGACUUCGUAAGCUGACCCUCCUGCCGAACAUGACCUUGGCCAACCAGUGGACACUGAAGCUGCCGGCCAGCGAGGCAGUCCACCACAUCAUGACCUUUGACCCCAGCGACAGCAACUUCCUUUAUCUCAUGACCUCUCACCAUAUGCUGAGGGUGAAAGUGGCAGAAUGUGACCAGUGGAAGAGCUGCAGUGCCUGUUUGGGAGCAGGCGACGCCCACUGUGGUUGGUGCACUCUGGAGAACAGAUGCACCAUCCAGAAGGAGUGUGCUCAGUGGCGGUCGGCACGCUCGUGGAUCAGCAUGGGUGAAGGCCCUCAGCAGUGUCCGUCCAUGACCCUGACACCGCCAGAGAUCAGCGUCUCUGCGGACAUCAAGGAUGUCGGCAUCCUGAUAAAUGGCAGUGUUCCCGAUCUGGUCGGCCUCCGGGUGGAGUGUGACUAUGGUCCAGGUGUUUCUACAGCCGCCACCGUGCACCUGGACUACGGUCCCGCUCAGAUCCAGACCUGUCCCCUGCUGUCUCGAAAAAACUACCAACCCAUCCCCCCGGGCACAGAUCAUCUAACUGUGUCCGUGGUGAUAAAAGUGAAUGGCACAUCUGUCGUAUCGGGGAGCUUCAUCAUCUAUGACUGCGAGCGGACUGGAGCAAUACACCCCAAGACGUCGUGUGUGAGCUGCCUGAGCACCAGGUGGAAGUGUUACUGGGACCAAGAGAACCACCUUUGUGUCUCCAGUAAAGAUGAGUCAAAGCACAACCUGCUGGAGAAUGCAGCUUCCUGUCCGAGCCUGGUUGCCUCCGAGGUUCCUCUGUCUCCGUCAGAAAUGGCCCAGGACUUCACCUUAUCCCUGAUCAACAUCCAGGAGGGGGAGGAGCUGGAAUGUGACUUUGGGACAGAGCAGCGCUAUGAGGCCACAUGGCUGAACAGCUCGACUGUCAAGUGCAGCGGAGUGACACUGUCCACUAAUCAGAGGACUCAGGUUUAUCACCUCAACCUGCGGAGGAGAGGAUACUUUACCCAACAGGGGGAGGAUGUUUUUGUCGACAGCCCGCAGCCCAUGGAAGUGGAGGUGUACAACUGCGGAGUGGGUAGUUCAGACUGUUCCCAGUGCUGGGGCCGGGAGGAUCAGGGCCACCUCUGUGGCUGGUGUGAAAACAGCUGUAGGCUGCGGGACGAGUGCCAGCCAAUCAGGGAUCAAUGUCCGGCUCCUGAGAUUCACAAGAUCUUCCCCCUGAGGGGUCCAGUGGAAGGAGGCACCUUGCUGACAGUAGAGGGCAGGAACCUGGGCCGGAGAGCCGCAGCAGCGAAGGUCUCUAUUGGAGAUGUGCCAUGUACCCUCCUGCCCGACUUCUACACUAUCUCUGUUAAGCUGGUGUGUGUCACUGGGAGGUCUGCACAUGACAGGACAGAUAUUGUCCAAGUGGACGUGGAUCAGAGUGGGAUGGGAGCAUCAAAAGAGAGCUUCUCAUACUUAGUCCCAAAGCUGCUCUCCUUGGAGCCGAGGAAAGGCUCUCGAGCUGGGGGAACCAAGGUGACCAUCAGCGGGGAACACCUGGACAUUGGUUCUCUGGUCAAGGUCAAGGUCAACAGUACACUGGAAUGCACUAUCACAGAGAAAACAGAUGAAACCAUUGAGUGCACCAUGCCUCCAGCCUUGCAGGUAUACACUGACUCAGUGACAGUCUGCGUCGAGUUCGAAAACCUCCCCUGUCAGAGUGCAGAGCUCAGUGCCACGUACACUUAUGAGAAGAAUCCCACCAUCAGCUUCAUCCACCCCAAAAAGAGCUACCUCAGUGGUGGCAGGACCAUCACCGUGACAGGCCAGGGCUUUGAUCUGGUGCAGGGUGUCAUCAUGCAGGUGUUGGGGAUCGGACAAACACACUGCACAGUUCUCUCGUCCUCCCUGAUCACCUGCCUGUCCCCGGCGUCCAGCCAGUCCCAGCAGACCUCGGUGCAGUUCCUUCUGAAUGGAGUCCUCUACACUGGAGACAACCCCUUCUACUUUGACGGCGAGCUGGAAGAAGAGGAGGGGGAGCCUCAUAAGGGUCACUUCCCGCUGGAGUAUGUGGAGGACCCUCAGUUCUUCACCGCCAGUAAGGAGAAGCUGAUUAAACACCACCCGGGAGAGCCACUGACACUGAUCAUCAACAAAGGGCCGAGCGAUCUGGAACUGGUGCCGGAGGAAUACACCGUAAUGGUUGGCUCCUAUCCCUGUAACAUCAGCUUCCAUAAUGACCAGCUGUUUCACUGCACGAUCAACGGACUGCUGAGCUCCAGUGAGAGCGAGCUACCUGUCACCGUGCAAGUGGGAAACUUCCGUCACACCAUUGCCAAAGUGCAGCUUGGUGGAAGUGAGCUGGCCAUCGUGGUAUCAAUUGUUGUGUGCUGCGUGCUGCUGCUGCUGUGCACUGUGGCUCUUGUAGUGUACUGCACAAAGAGUCGAAGGGCGGAACGCUACUGGCAGAAAACUCUACUCCAAAUGGAGGAGAUGGAGUCCCAGAUCAGAGAGGAGAUCCGUAAAGGCUUUGCAGAGCUGCAGACAGACAUGACAGAUCUAACCAAGGAGCUGAAUCGCAGCCAGGGCAUCCCCUUUUUGGAGUACAAACAGUUUGUCACACGCACAUUCUUCCCCAAGAUGUGUUCAGAUUACGAGAAGAGUCUAGUCCAGCCCGUCUAUGAGAAUGAUGCUCUGGGCCCUCGAGCACUGCCUGAGACCCACCCGCUGCUGCAGGACUGGAAGGCAACCAACACAACAAGACCCAACGUUGAGGAGGGCAUCACGCUCUUCUCCACGCUCCUCAAUAACAAGCACUUCCUGGUCACAUUUGUCCACGCUUUGGAGCAGCAGAAGGACUUCGCUGUACGAGACAGAUGCAGCCUCGCGUCUCUGCUCACCAUCGCCCUCCAUGGCAAACUGGAGUACUACACGAGUAUAAUGAAAGAUCUGCUGGUGGACCUGAUUGAUGCCUCGGCUUCAAAGAACCCCAAACUGAUGCUGCGCCGCACUGAGUCUGUUGUGGAGAAAAUGCUGACCAACUGGAUGUCCAUCUGUAUGUACAGCUAUCUCAAGGAGACAGUGGGGGAGCCUUUCUUCCUGCUGCUGUGUGCAAUCAAGCAGCAGAUCAACAAGGGAUCCAUAGAUGCCAUCACAGGGAAGGCCCGCUACACCCUCAAUGAGGAGUGGCUGCUCCGCGAGAACGUUGAGGCCAAGCCACAGAACAUCAACGUGUCCUUCCAGGGCUGUGGCAUGGACUCGCUGUCUGUCAGGGUCAUGCAUACAGACACAGUCUGCCAGGUGAAGGAAAAGAUCCUUGAAGCCUUUUAUAAAAACCUGCCAUUCUCCCAGUGGCCCCGAGCCGAAGAUGUAGACCUGGAGUGGUUUGACUCUGGGAGCAACAGUAAACUUCUGCAGGACCUGGACAACUCCUCGUUGAUGGAGGAUGGCCGAAAGAAGCUCAACACAGUUUUCCAUUACCAGAUCCCAGAAGGGGCAUCACUUGCCAUGAGCAUGAAAGACAAGAAAGGGAACACCUUGGGGAGAGUCAAGGACCUGGAUACAGAGAAGUAUGUACAUUUGGUCCUACCUCACGAUGAGCUUAUGGAGACCAAGAGGUCGCACAGACAGAGCCACCGCAAAAAGGUCCUGCCAGAAAUCUACCUGACCCGCCUGCUUUCCACCAAGGGAACUCUUCAGAAGUUCUUGGAUGACCUCUUUCAGGCCAUCCUUAGCAUCCCUCCAGAUCGCCCCCCUUUAGCUAUCAAAUAUUUCUUUGACUUCCUGGAGGAACAGGCUGACAAACGGGGCAUCACAGACCCGGACACCCUGCACAUCUGGAAAACCAACAGUUUACCUCUGCGUUUCUGGGUGAACAUCCUGAAGAAUCCUCAGUUUGUGUUUGACAUUGAAAAGACGGAUCACAUGGACGCCUGUCUGUCUGUCAUUGCUCAGGCUUUCAUAGACGCCUGCUCCAUUUCUGACCUGCAGCUUGGCAAGGACUCCCCGACCAACAAGCUGCUGUACGCCAAGGAGAUCCCAGAGUACAAGAAGAGGGUGCAGUGCUACUACCGGCAGAUACAGGAAAUGGCACCUCUCAGUGAGCAGGAGAUGAACGCUCACCUGGCUGAGGAGUCACGGAAGUACAGGAACGAAUUCAACACCAACCUGGCCUUGACAGAAAUCUACAAAUAUGCCAAAAGAUACAGAACCCAGGUGGUGAACGCGCUGGAGUCGAACCCCACUGCACGGCGCACUCAGCUGCACCACAAGUUCGAGCAGGUCAUUGCCCUUGUGGAGGACAACAUCUACGAGUGCUGCAGUGAAGCCUGAACCUGCCAGCCUCUCCUCCUCGCCACCUCUUUCUCCUGCUGACUGCUGCCUCCUCUCCCGCCUACACGGUUACUUGGGAAUGUCGACCACUGUGGAGUUAGCCUUCACGAGUGUCAUUGUUAUUCCCACAGACUCUAACAAGCGUGAAUGGUGGCGGAGCAAAGGACUUAAACGUGCCUCUCAAGUGUUAUAUAUUUGCGAGGUGUUCCUCCUUUCAUCUGGGAAUGCCGAGCAAGUUUCCCAAAUAUUUCCCCAUGAGACGGGCAGAAUUCCAGUGUGGCUCAGCUAUGCUUUAGAGGGAAUGUGUAGUAGCUCGGAGAUGAGGCUUUUUUUUCUGGAUGUCUUUACAGUUACCGGGAGCUACAGGAAGCCCUGGUGGCAAUCUUAACGCACUGAACCCUUUUCUGAAGGGAAACGAGCCAAUGAUGCACUGUACUGUAUUAUAAUGUCCAUAGCAAUAUUUAUAGAUGUGUUAUAAUUCUUUCAGGUGGCCUGUUCAUCAGGAUGAGUAGGAAGGGCCAUGAAGAACUCCUCCCAUUCCCUAAAGCCUGCAUUGUUCUCAGGUGUGAUUGGCGAAGACGGGGCGACUCGCUCCCGUCGCUGCUCUGAACAAUGUGUCUCAAUGUGCUUUGCAGGUUGAUGAUGGGUUGAGGAGAAGAGCAGAGAGAACUAUGAAUGACUGAAAUCAGUGAAAUCAAAUGUUGUGUAGUUCACUGGGAAGAGCUGCAUCAGUAUAGAAGUGUUGAUUCGUGUUCUUGUAAACAAAUGAAUAUCAUGUUGGAUUCCGACCAAUUUAAAAGAGGGAAAUUAACAUUUAUGGAAAAAAAAAAGUGAGCUCAAUAUAAUCUGAGGAGAGACUGUAUUUGUGAUGCCAAAUGACUUGUCAGAGUUUGUGAAAUAAAUUACAGUAUUUAGAAUUUUAAAA